ACGGUAAACAUCAGCAUGUUAGCAUUGUCAGUGUUAGCAUGUUAGCAUUCUGACGUUAUCAUUUGGCUCAAACAACCACACAAGGGGAAGCUAAUCAGUGCUCUGUUUUUGACUCAUCCAAGCACAAUCACCAUGAGCAAGCUAAUUCUAAUUGCAGGUCUCUGUCUCUGCUUUGGGAGUUUGGUCUCAUCCUCCAGACUGGUGUGUUAUUUCACUAACUGGUCCCAAUAUAGACCUGGCAAUGGGAAGUUUAUGCCCUCAAAUGUUGAACCCAACCUGUGUACCCACCUGAUCUACGCCUUCGCUGGUAUGAACGAGGCAAACGAGUUGGUCACCAUAGAAUGGAAUGAUGAUCAACUCUAUAAAUCUUUUAAUGAACUCAAACAGAGGAAUCCAAAUCUUAAAACACUGUUGGCAGUCGGAGGCUGGACUUUCGGAACGCGAAAAUUCACUACAAUGGUGUCAUCACAAGCCAACAGGAACACAUUUAUUCAGUCUUCUAUCAAACUCCUGAGAAAAUACGGUUUUGAUGGACUGGAUCUGGACUGGGAAUAUCCCGCUUCAAGAGGAAGUCCUCUGGAGGACAAGCAGAGAUUCACCGUCUUAUGCAAGGAACUGCUAGAGGCCUAUGAGGCUGAGGGAACAGCAACCAGCCGUCCCAGAUUAAUGAUCUCUGCUGCUGUGUCUGCUGGGAAAGGAACCAUUGAUGCUGGUUAUGAAAUCGCAGAGAUGGCAAAGUACCUGGAUUUUAUUAAUGUGAUGACGUAUGACUUUCAUGGCACUUGGGAGACUGUCACAGGACAUCACAGCCCCUUAUACAAAGGAUCCCAUGACACCGGUGACAAUAUUUACUUAAAUACUGACUUUGCCAUGAAGUAUUGGCGGGACAAAGGAACACCUGUAGAAAAGUUAAAUAUGGGCUUUGCAACAUAUGGACGAACAUUUCGACUGUCUACUCAGUCCAGUCAGGUUGGAGCACCAACCAGUGGUCCCGCUGCUCCUGGUCCUUUUACGAGGGAGGGUGGCUUCUGGUCCUAUUAUGAGAUUUGCACUUUUCUUCAAGGGGCCACUGUCCAUUGGAUUGAGGAUCAGAAAGUGCCUUAUGCCACCAAGCAAAAUGAGUGGGUUGGAUUUGACAACAAAAUCAGUUUUGAGAAUAAGGCUCGUUACCUAAAAGACAACGGAUUUGGAGGAGCUUUCAUCUGGGCUCUGGAUCUUGAUGACUUUAACGGACAGUUCUGUGGACAAGGAAACUACCCCCUCAUCAGCUAUCUCCGCUCUCUUGUGGCUUCAGAUCUUCCUCCACUUCCCUCUCCAGACACCACUCAAAAUCCAAUUACUCCAUCUACAGACACAAGACAACUUCAUACCACAUCAUCUCCCAGAUCUACAAUCGCUACUUCCACCAAAAUCACUGACAACUUCUGUGCUACAAAGAUCGGUGGGGUUUAUGCCAAACCUGAUGCCCCAGGUUCUUUUUACAGUUGUGCCAAUGGCGUAACCUGGAUCCAAAACUGCCCAGCUAAUUUAGUCUUUCGAGAAAGCUGCAAAUGUUGUGGUUGGCCCUAAAGGCAUUCACACCAUUAUACAUUCCACAAGCUUUGAUAACCAUGGGUAUUACGUGUGAUCAAAAAUCAUUUUUGAUUUAUAAUUUCGUGUGUGUUUUGUGUUCAGGUCAUUUAAGAACAUAGAUAAUGUAGUGCUACUUCAGAGAAGGCAGAUUUUUUUUCCAAGUUAAAUUAAUUACCUUAUAAUUUCCUGUGGAUUGUUGUUCUUUUUCUAAACGCAGCAAAUUCAUCUAUAAAUCCUGCAUUAAAGAUACAUUAAGACCUGAUGAUCUCAUACAUGGUUGAACAACACUGUGCCCUACAUUAAAACACCAUACUAAGUUUGAG